AUGGCCAAUAUCGAACAACAAAUUCAAGAGCUUAAUGCUGACAUUGAUGAAGUUAAAAAAUUGCUUGGUCAAGCUACUCGUUUACGAGUAAAACAAUUUCUUGAAGUUCAACAACGUCGACUUGAAACUGAUUUCAUAGCGCUCAAAGAAAAACAAGAACAACAAAAUGUUGCAGCAACAGCAGCAGCAGAAAAAAAGCCAACUGCUCCCGUAGUAGCAUCAACAAAUCGUUCAUAUACAAAAGAAAUAACGGUCUAUGCUUGGGACCAAUCGGAUAAAUUCGUAAAAAUCUAUGUUCAAAACUUAGAUGGUGUAGGCGAUUUAUCGUCGGAUCAAGUCCGUUGUUCAUUUGAAGAACGAGUUUUUUCGCUUGAAAUAAAUAACUUAAAAAAUGUUAACUAUCUAUUCAAACGUGGUCGCCUUUUAAAUGAAAUUAAACCUGCUCAAUCCACGUUUAAGGUUAAAAAAGAUAUGGUUAUUAUAUCAUUAGCUAAAGUUGAUAAUAAAAAAUGGGAAUGCAUAUUUCGUGAUGAAAAGAAAACUGAAGAUAAGCCAUUACCAAAGAUGGAUGAUAGCAAAGAUCCAGGUGAUUCAUUAAUGAAACUUAUGAAGAAUAUGUAUGAAACAGGUGACGAUGAUAUGAAACGUACAAUUGCUAAAGCUUGGACUGAAUCACGCGAAAAAAUGAAUACUGGUGGCGAACCAGAAAUGCCAGGAUUUUAA